ACACACGCACGCACCUGUCUCUGUUCCCGUGCGGCACCAGCCUAUGAAAAUCAACAUGACGUCACGAGACGGUUGUCUUAUAAGUUUACUUGAUAAACGACCGUCUUCAUCCCACUUGGAUACAAACAACCACAGGUACGGGAAACAGACUUCCCCCCCCACGCGCAUCGACUUCAAGCAGCGCUCGUGCCCCCUCCCGAGCUUUUUUACUUUGUGUGUGCGCGAGCUUACCUGCGCGCGCGCUCUCGGUUUCUAUUCAAACAGGUUGGUCAAGGACACACCUGCGACAGCUAAAAGGAAGUAUCGUCGACUGCAUCCCGCACUCCAUCUUUGACUUCGGAGGACGACGGACGGAUAGAGCGCGCGACCGAAAACUUAUUUUCCCUCUGCGACUGAGUCAGGAUGAACAUUGUAGUUGUCAUUACUCUCGCUGCCUUCGCGGUGGGAACCGCUCUAAGCUGUGGUGUAUGUCCAACAAUGAAAUGGGCAAACUGUGAUGGAAAUCCCUGUAAAUGUUAUGUCAUGGUCGGGCAAGGCGAAAAGCUGUUCCUGAACUGCACCAACUUGAUCCCCAAGUGUUUCCUGAUGAAGGCCGAGAUGUACAGAGCCAGGAAGGGCGAGAGCACCCGCAGCGGGGGAAAGCCGCACGAAACGGCCUUCGUGGACAACGACGGCAUCUACGACCCGGACUGCGAGAACGACGGCAAGUUCAGGGCCAAGCAGUGCAACAACACGGAGGAGUGCUGGUGUGUCAACAGCGCCGGCGUGCGUCGAACUGACAAGGGUGACACCAACCUCAAGUGUGACAAGCUGGUGGAGACCUAUUGGAUUCGUCUACAGCUGAAACACAAACCAACAACUGAUAAAGUUGAUGAGACCAAACUGAUCAAUGCCAUUGGUAAUGAAAUUAAGAGCCGGUACAAUUUUGAAAAGAAUCUUGUGAAAGCAAUCAAGUAUGACCCUGAAGCCCGCUUGAUUGAGGUGGAUGUGAAGAAGGAAAUGGGAAACCGUGACACCGACCUGGCCCAGAUGGCCUAUUACAUGGAGAAGGAUAUAAAGGCACUUCCCCUGUUCAAGAACCAGAACAAAUUUGAGCCUUCAGUGGAAAGCCAAAAGCUGGAGAUGGAGAACAUCCUGGUGUACUACGUGGACGAGGAAGCCCCCACUUUCACCAUGCGCAACCUUCCAGCCGGGAUCAUUGCCACCAUUGUGGUGGUCGUGUUGGCUGUGGUUGCUGGGAUCCUGAUCCUGAUUUUCAUGAAAAAACGUCAGAUGAAAUACAACAAGGCUCAGCAAAGAGAGAUGGACCCCAUGUAAGCAGCAGCAAGCUGAGGUGCUUGGUUUUUAGCCAUUUGGCUGGACCUUUCUACUGUGGGAAUAUGCCAUUUUUAUCUUUCUCCAUGGAAUAGAUGAUUUGAGAUUAUAAUGUCACGUUCUUUUUAUUUUUCUCUUGCCCUUUAUGAUGAUGGUACUGGUUCCAACAUUUAUUUAUAUUGAGUAAAGCUGAAAUGCUUCACAAGUCUACUUGCCAUUAAGAACUGCUUUUAAAUGUGCCUCACACAAUGGAUUUUAACGUUAGAACCUGUUUCAAAGUCUAAAUUCUAUUGCAUUGUACAGUUUGUUAUGUUUUAAAAUGGUUUGUAAUAAAAGAUGAAGAAAAUUCUAA